UUAAACCUUUAAUACUGUAAAAUGUUUUUAUUUAUUUAUAUGUUAAAGCGGAACAUUGUUCAAAGGAGUGCACGUCCCUGUUUGCAUCUGUGUUUUCUAACUUUAACAUAGUUUAAAGCUGUUUUUUUAUGAAUCUAACGUUGCAGGGCUGCCGGUCUGAGUAACUUAUACAGACAUUAUUGCUGUUGUGUAACAUAAAACAGUAACUUAAUGUCUGUACGCAUGUUAACAGUGGGAUUUAUUAUAUGUUAAGUUGCCUUUGGUCACAUUUACUUCAUAUAACAUGUUACAUUGUUUUACAGUAAACAAAGAAUCAUGAAUUACGCUCGGUUUCUAACAGCUGUCAGCGCAGCCAGGAAGCCCUCUGCCAUCAGGAUGCUGACUGAGCUGCAGCAGCGCUCACCUCCCUCCCUGAUCUCUUUGGCCGGAGGAGCGCCCAACCCCAACACCUUCCCCUUCCAGUCGGCGAGCAUCACGGUGAAGAACGGACAGACGGUCACCUUCGAUGAGACGGCCAUGAAGAGGGCUCUGCAGUACUCUGCCUCCAGCGGAAUACCAGAGCUGCUGACGUGGAUGAAGAACCUGCAGAAAAACCUCCACAAUCCUCCGACCGCCAGCUACACUCCUGAGAAGGGCCAGAUGGACAUGUGCGUGACCACGGGGAGCCAGGAGGGGCUCUGUAAGGUGUUUGAGAUGCUGGUAAACCCUGGAGACAACGUUCUGCUGGAUGCACCAACGUAUUCAGGCACACUGGCAGCGCUCCAGCCGCUCGGUUGCAAUUUAAUCAACGUUCCCAGCGAUCAGCACGGUAUGAUCCCUGCGGCCCUGAAGGAGGUUCUAUCUCGGUGGGACCCCUCAGAAGUUCACGAGCCCGGAAGCACCGCUCCGAAGAUCCUCUACACCAUCCCCAACGGAGGGAACCCCACCGGGGCCUCCAUGACGGCUCAGAGGAAGCAGGAGGUGUACGAGCUGGCCAGGCAGUACGACAUGCUGAUCAUCGAGGACGACCCGUACUACUUCCUGCAGUUUGACAAGCCGUGGGCUCCCACGUUUCUCUCCAUGGAUGUUGACGGGAGGAUCAUCAGGACAGACUCCUUCUCUAAGAUCCUGUCUUCAGGGCUGAGAAUCGGUUUUGUAACGGGUCCCAAGCCUCUGGUGGACCGGGUGGUGCUGCACAUCCAGGCCUCCACCAUGCACACCAGCACCUUCACACAGCUCAUGGUGUCUCAGUUGUUGCACAGCUGGGGCCAGGACGGUUUCCUCCAGCACAUAGACAGGGUGAUUGAGUUUUACAGGAAACAGCGUGAUGCAAUGAUCAGCUCUGCAGACAAGUGGCUCAAAGAUGUAGCAGAGUGGCACAGCCCGGCAGCAGGCAUGUUCCUGUGGAUGAAGCUGAAGGGCGUCGCUGACACCCAGCAGCUCAUUAUGGAGAAAGCCUUGGAGAAAGAGGUGCUGCUGGUUCCUGGAGGCGUCUUCAUGAUCAACAGUAGCGAGCCCUGUCCCUACGUCAGAGCAGCCUUUUCUCUGUCCACACCAGAGCAGAUUGAUGAGGCUUUCAGAAGACUCUCCUCUCUCAUCAAAGAGGCUUUGUGAUCUAUUUUUCCUGUAUUUUCUAAGUUAUUGUUUGAAGGCUGUUAUGUUCAAAUGUAUUUUGAGGUUUGAAUAUAUUUUAAUAUUGUGUAACCUCUUCUCAGAAGAAGACACUCAGAAUGCAUGUACUUGGUGCUUGGUGACUUCAUCAUUUGGAGCAAUGAAGGUAGAUUUAAAAACAAAGAGAAACACAGUUGUUACCUGAUAAUUUGUUGCUCUGUCGUUGCACUACACGGUGAAGAUGCCUUUAUGUUUUUACUGUACAAAUAAAGUAAAAAAAUAGCUUUUUA